UAUAUAAAACUUCUUAUAUAACAUUCUAUUUUGUUAUUUCACCUUCAUGGCUGCACAAAAUAACAUUAGUAUUCCAAUCCCUGAAAACAAAUCUGUAGAAGAAGGUUAUGACUACUCACAAAGGGGACAGUGGCUUCGUGCAGCCGUCCUAGGAGCCAGCGAUGGUUUAGUUUCAGUUGCAUCUCUGAUGAUGGGUAUUGGGGCCGUUAAAAAUGAUGCGAAAGCUAUGAUACUCACAGGUUUUGCUGGUCUAGUUGCAGGUGCAUGUAGUAUGGCAAUUGGAGAAUUUGUGUCUGUAUCAUCUCAGCUUGACAUAGAGGUAUCUCACAUGAAACGAAAUGGAUCAAGUAAUGAAGAAAGUGAGAAUGAAAAGCUUCCAAACCCAAUGCAGGCAGCUGCAGCAUCCGCGAUUGCAUUUGCAUUUGGUGCCAUGGUGCCAUUGUUGGCUGCUUCUUUCAUUGUGAACCAUAAGGUGAGGCUGACUGUGGUGGUUGCCGCAGUCACAUUUGCACUAGUAUUUUUCGGGUGGUUUGGAGCUUUUCUAGGAAGGACUCCUGCGGUGAAGUCUUGUUUUAGGGUUUUGGUUGGAGGGUGGAUGGCUAUGGCCAUUACCUUCGGGCUGACUAAGUUGAUCGGCUCUAACGGACUGUAACUUGACAUGUGAUUCUUGUUUUUCUGUCAUCUUCUUUGUUUGAGACAAAAAUCAUUUUCUCUUAACAUGAUAUGAACAUUGUUAUAUAUGUGUUUCUUUAUUAACGAAUAAAUUUCAAGACAUGUAACGUUAUGGAAUUUCGAUGUACUAUUUUUAUAUUGAACAAGAAAUAAAACAAAGAAAAUGACAUGGAUCA